AUGGUUUACUUUUGUUUCUGGAUCAUGGGAGCUGGUUGUCUGUUAACUUGGAGUGCCCUCAUGUGUACCUUUCCUUACCUCGUCCAGCUCUUUCCUCCAGAUUCGACAAGAGGACGGAAUCUUCCAAGUACCCUUUCGAGCUUCUAUUGUUUCGGUUUGGUCGUCUUUAUGGGUCUGGCACAGAAUGGUGUUGGUCGUGGAUCACCUUCUAAACGACUGAAUUGGUCCUCCUCCCUAUUACUUAUCUCUUCAAUACUCUUCACAUUCCCUCUCCUCCCUUUACUGCUUCCUCAUCUUACCUCAACUCUCCUUCUCCUAGUUCUGAUCGCCUUCACUCUCCUCUUCGCCCACGCUACAUCAUACUUCCAAUCCUCAGUCUUAGGGCUUUCUUCCCUCUGGGGCUCAUCGCAAGUCCUAGCUGUCAUGUCUGGUCAAGGAGGUGUAGCCGUAUUGGUCUCUUUUGCACAACUGUCGUUGGCUGUUUUAGCCGCCUUCAGACCAUCUUCAGGGGAGGAGGAAGGGAAGAUGGGUCUGGUGCCCAGUGUGGGUUUGUGGAUUUUGACCUCUUUGGGUGCGGGGUUAUGUCUUUUGGCUUUUAGGUAUUUGUCUAGAAGACCGGAGUACGAGAGAGUUGUGGAACUUGUAUCAAAUCGAGAAGAGACAAAAGGAGACGGGGAGGGGAUCCUCGGGGGUGUAUUGAGGAAGAAUGCUUUGGUGUACGUUGCUGUAGCGUAUACCUUCGCUGUGACUUUGUCCGUUUUCCCAGCCAUCACGACCACGAUCACCUCAACACAUCACCCAACACCGCGAUUACUGCAACCCGAUGUCUUCAUCCCGCUUCAUUUCCUAAUCUUCAAUUUGGGCGACUACAUAGGCCGAACAUACCUCCCCCUCAUCCCUUCCAUACUCAUCACCUCCCACCCCCGCAUCCUCAUCCUAGCCCUGUCCCGAACCCUCUUCAUUCCCCUCUUCCUAGCGUGCAACACUUCAACCACCAUCCCACUUAUCAACUCCGACAUUCUAUACUUUCUCAUCGCCCUCACGUGCGGAUUAUCAAAUGGAUACAUCGGAUCGAUGUGUAUGAUAGUUGCCACUACUCCUUCUUUGAACCCGAGGAUCAGCGAGGAAGAGAAGGACUUUGCAGGUACUUUAGGGGCGUUCUUCUUGGUGGGAGGGUUGGCUCUGGGCAGUGUGGCGAGUUUUGGUGUGAAAGGUUUGGUGGGGUAGAGAUUGUCAGGUAUCAUUGAGAUGAUGAGUUGUAUAUCAUAUGCAGUUGUUGAGAUCAU